CCCAUCCUUCUCACUUCUUCACUCCCACGCAGUAAUUAGUUUCUUUCUUCAUUUAUCACUCUGCUCCUAGCUCCCACCGCUUUCCACCCUUUAAAAAAAAACAGAGUCCCCUCUCCUCCUCCUCCUCCUCCUCCUCUUUGUUUCAGAACACACUGUCUAGUGUAUGUGUAUCGCAGUUUUCACAACACGCACUCUUCCUUCAUCAUAUUAUUCAAAAUCAUUCAUAAACACGUACAUAUAUACCCUCUUUUGAGUCUUCAUUUCAUAACAACGAAGGAAGACGUGUAGUAGUAGUAGUAGUAGUCGUCGUCAUAAAAUAGAAGAACCAAGAACAUGUGCGAAUCAAAAUCAGAGCAGAGGCAUGAUGAUAAGGAAAAGCAGACCGAAGAAUUAGGUGGUGUGUUAACAAGACGUUCGACAAUAAUGUGGGAUGUGAUAGGAGAAGCGAAAUCCCUGUGGGAGUUGGCAUUCCCGACAGCACUCACUGGUCUCAUUUUCUACGCGCGUUCCAUGGUCUCCAUGCUGUUCCUCGGCCACCUAGGAGACACCGAACUGGCCGCAGGUUCCUUAGCCAUCGCCUUCGCCAACAUCACCGGUUACUCCGUUCUCUCUGGUCUCUCCUUAGGAAUGGAACCUCUUUGUUCCCAAGCCUUCGGAGCUAAGCGUCCUAAACUCCUCUCUCUCACCCUCCAACGCUGCGUCAUCUUCUUAUUAUUCUCUUCAAUCCCCAUUUCGCUCUUGUGGCUUAACAUGUCUAAAGUCUUUAUCCUACUCCACCAACACACACACAUCACCCAAAUGGCACAAACCUAUUUAGUUUUCCUUCUCCCCGACCUCGUCACCAACUCCUUCCUCCACCCAAUCAGAGUCUACCUUCGCGCCCAGAACAUCACCCACCCGGUAACGUUAGCGUCCCUCGCCGGCACUCUCCUCCACGUUCCAUUCAACUUGCUCCUCGUCCAGCGCGGCCUGCCCGGCGUCGCCGCCGCCUCCGCCGCCUCCAGUUUUUCCAUUCUAAGUCUGCUGGUCCUCUACGUGUGGAUAAGUGGGGUCCACCUGGCCACGUGGACCGCGCCGAGCCGGGAGUGUUUCGGCGGCUGGGAGCCGCUGCUUAGGCUUGCGGCGCCGAGCUGCGUCUCGGUUUGUUUGGAAUGGUGGUGGUAUGAGAUUAUGAUUUUGUUGUGUGGGGUUUUGGUGGACCCCACUGCCAGCGUGGCGGCUAUGGGGAUUUUAAUCCAGACGACGUCGUUGAUCUAUGUCUUCCCCUCGUCUCUGGGAUUUGCGGUUUCCACGCGCGUGGGGAACCAGCUUGGCGCGAACAGGGGUCCACGCGCCAGGAUGUCGGCGGUGGUAGCGGUGUUCUUCGCCGCAGUGAUGGGCUUCUCCGCGGUGGUUUUUGCGACGGCGAUGCGGAGGAGGUGGGGGAGGAUGUUCACCGGGGACGAGGGGAUUCUGCGGCUGACGGCAGCGGCGCUGCCGAUUCUGGGGUUGUGCGAGCUCGGAAACUGCCCGCAGACGGUGGGAUGCGGGGUGGUGAGGGGGACGGCGCGGCCGAACGUGGCGGCGAACGUGAACCUGGGAGCGUUUUAUCUGGUGGGGAUGCCGGUGGCGGUUGGGCUUGCGUUCUGGCUCGAGGUUGGGUUCUGUGGGCUCUGGCUGGGCCUGUUGUCGGCCCAGGUUUGUUGCGCGGGCCUAAUGUUGUAUAUGAUUGGGACCACCGAUUGGGAGUACCAGGCCUGCCGGGCCCAGUUACUCACGGCCCUUGAUCAAGGAUCCGACGGCCACAAACAACCGUUGCUUGCCGCUGUGGACAACAACAACUCUUGAUAAAAAAAAAAAAAAAAUUAUGAUGAUUGUUGAUUGACGGUGUAAUAUUCUUUUCUUUUUGUAAUAAUUCUUAUAUUUAUUAAAGGGAAUUAAUUUGUGAAA